UUUACAGGGCAAAUGCAAAAGGUAUUUAAUGCCACAUUUCACAUACGUGAAUAACACCUGACGGUGCAGUAUAUCCAGUAAAAGUAAAGAGUCCCAGUCAGGCUCACACUGGCCCGAGAGUACCUAGUGUGUAAAAGAAAGCUGGAGAGUAAAAAGGAAGCCCUGCUGAUCCUCUCCAAGGAGCUGGACACAUGCCAGCAAGAAAGGGACCAGUACAAACUCAUGGCCAAUCAGCUUCGAGAGCGCCACCAGUCCCUGAAGAAGAAGUACCGGGAGCUGAUCGAUGGAGAUCCGUCACUUCCCCCUGAAAAGAGGAAACAGGCUAAUCUUGCACAACUACUGAGAGAUUCUCAGGACCGAAAUAAACAUCUGGGAGAAGAAAUUAAAGAACUUCAGCAAAGGCUUGCAGAAGUCCAGGGCGACAAUAAGCUCUUGAGGAUGACAAUUGCCAAACAGAGGCUCGGAGACGAAGAAAUUGGAGUGCGGCACUUUGCAGCUCAUGAGCGUGAAGACUUGGUUCAGCAGCUGGAGAGAGCUAAGGAACAGAUCGAGUCUCUGGAGCAUGACCUGCAGGCCUCCGUGGAUGAGCUUCAGGACGUUAAGGAAGAACGGUCUUCCUACCAGGACAAGGUGGAGAGGCUCAACCAGGAGCUGAACCACAUCCUCGGUGGGCACGAGAACCGCAUCAUUGACGUGGACGCCCUCUGUAUGGAAAACAGGUACCUUCAAGAGCGAUUAAAGCAACUCCAUGAAGAGGUCAACCUCUUGAAAUCAAACAUCGCCAAGUACAAGAAUGCUCUUGAGAGACGGAAAAACUCGAAAGGCCAGAGUAAAUCUAGCAGCAGUGCGCUGACUGGAGUCCUCUCUGCAAAGCAAGUUCAGGAUCUGUUAUCUGAAGAUCACGGGUGCAGUCUCCCAGCCACUCCACAGUCCAUUUCUGAUCUGAAAUCUCUGGCAACGGCCCUGCUGGAGACAAUCCACGAGAAAAACAUGGUCAUCCAGCACCAGAGGCAGACCAACAAAAUCCUAGGGAAUCGAGUGGCUGAACUAGAGAAAAAAUUAAGAACUCUGGAAGUUUCUGGUUUGUGGAGUCUUCCAGGCCUGAGCUACAAUGUUUCAGUAGGAUUCGGGAGGGGCAAGGACACCAUACUGUUCGGUGACCCUGCUCUUCCCACCAUACAGAGAUCAAGAUCCCCAGUGCUGAAGUUCAUCGAGCAGCCCACUGAGAAGAAAGCAAAUUUCAAGGAUGGGGAGGUCCAGAAGCCAGAACGGGAUGAAAGGCGGGCCGUCACCGAGGCGUUGACAGCACGGGAGGACGCUGGAAGGCCUGCCGUCCGCUCCCCAGCAAAUCAGAGCCACGGGAGCCAGCGCAACCCCUUUCAUCCUUCAUCACCUCAGGCAGUGUCCGAGGAAGAAGGAAUAAACAGGCUUGGAGGGGAAAUCGUGACACUGACAGAGGCAGAGCCAGAAGGGGUCAGAAGAGCGAGUCCCGGGGAGGCUUGGAGGAACGACAUGGGGACAGCCCCGCCGGGCCCGGCCUCCAACGGGGAGGCCCCCAAAUCUUGCCCGGGCUCCUUGGAGUCCAGCCAGGCGGCAGCCGAAGCCUCCACCCCGGAGGAUGGCAAGGAGACCCCAGAGGGUGGCGGCACGAGGAGCGCCGUGAAAACCUGAAGGGGAAAGGGAUCCGCGUGGUGACACGUCUAAGGCACAGAGGACGGUAAAGAAUGAAGCAUCAGAGCCCCUCUCAGAAGCUGCUUUCUCCAAACACACUUCCAAGCCUGCACGUGAGAAGAGACACAGGUCCUGGGGCAAACUGUGAAUAUCCUGAUGGCGUCAGCACAGUUUGAUUGAUUAAAUGCGGGUCCUCAGCUUCUCGGUGUCAUCUCUUUCUGCCGGGGACGCGCUGCUGUGAACAUGGCCGGGCACAGAAUCGUGUCCGCCAUAUGGCUGGUUUUCGGCAUCCGCCUUUCUGUCAGCAUUUGUUUUAUUAGAGAGAAGAUGUUUUCCUAUUAGCGUUUAAUGUUGUCGAUCAAAAUUAUGGGAAGAACUUGAAACCAAUGGGGUUUUUAAUCAGGUCCCCGUCUUUGUAAUGGUGAGGCGGCUGGAGAGAAAGGUGUAAUGGAGCAUAAUGGGUCCAGAGGGCCCAGGGCUCCGCUUCAUCAUGUCUGGACCCAGGAGCACCUCCCGGCGUGGGUGUUCUUGGCACCCUGCCCACGGCACUGUCUGUCAUGCCACCGACUGGCAGGUGGAGGGGGCUUAAGCGGGCUCAGAAGGUUGGGUUUCCAGUUUGAAAUCCACAGCCCCUGUGGAGACCCGUUUGCUGGCGGCUAGAGCCAAGUUUUCCAGCCUGCAAUUCUGAAGGAUUAAUCGACCUGGAGUGACGGGACGGAGAAGAAGGGAGAAAGGGGACUCCAAUGGUAGUGUGAUUUUUCCUUUCCGAGAUAAGAGCCAGAGCCUGGGAAUGCUGGGUCACUGUGCAUUCAACCCAUGCUGCAUGUUUACGGCCGUGGGGGUUUGGGACAAGAUAAGCAGUUGGGGCAGGAAACUCUAAGGGCCGAUCCAGUUUCCUGUGCCACAUGAAACCUUGAACCCCUCGCUCUUCCUGCAGGGUGUUAAGGCCGCCUCCCCUGUGCCGCCAGGUACUGGGAUCUUAAGAGAUGAGACACAGAGCGCGGGGCCUGGUAGUGGAAAGAGAGAGGAAAACAAAAUAACUUCAUUACAGCCUGUUUCGGGGGACUGUGGAACCAAGUACCAAGGGUGGGAAAGGAGGGGAUAUUAACCCUCCUGGUUCUUUCCUUAGGGAUAAAAUUAGCUCUUCUGGGUGGCCUCUGGAGCUGCAGAAAAUUGAAGGGUCAUCAAACAGCAGACUUUUCUUUGAGCGAAACUCAGUUCAUUAGCCCAGAAAGCCCUGAUACCAGAUCCCAAUGCUCAAAACACUCCUGAGAACCAGAAUCGCUCCUUGGAGAGGCUCUGCUGCAGGAAAAAGAGAGGCUCCCGAUGUGGGAAAGUUGAAAAUUCGUCUGAAACACCAGAUGCAUAGAGCAGGCGUGUGAUCCCAGGUGUGAAGCCUGCACGGGGCCGGCCAGCCCACCCCGACACUCCCCUGCCGCAUUUUCUCUCUGCCGUUACUCUGGGAGCCGAGAAGGAGCUCGGUCCGAUUUUGUGCUCGCUCACCCUGAAGGAGACCGAGGUGUAGCAGGAAGGUCCAGUUUGGGGCCUGGGUGGGCCUCCAGCUGCUUUCUCCCCACUCACCAGAGGUCACCCCAAUAGUGGAAGAGGGGACAUGUCCGUAUCAGUGCUCUGUUGCUCCCAGACCUAGGAGCUGGGAUCUGGACACACCAUCUGCCCCUUGCACGUCAGGCCCCGAUGCCCCAUCCAGCCCUCUGUGCUUCAGCCUCUCCCUGCUCCCCAGACCCGCCGCCUCGACUUCCUCCCCGGGGGACGUGGCUCCUGCAGCUGCCGCGGAGCUGGCACAGGCCAGCAGCCACAGAAAUCAUGUUCCUGCAGCACGAGGCCUUAACUGUCUGCACAUGUUCAGUGCUACUGCAUAGCACACCAGGGCCACCAAAGGAAAUUCCAGCUGGAUUUAAUACAAUAAUACCAAAAAGAAAAACCUCUCCCCACGGAAGCUCUGGUUUUGACACACAGUCGGCCAGGUGCACAUCUUUAGGGCCCAUUCCAUCACCUUCUGGAAUGCAGCGCUUAUAAUAAACGCCACCAUAUUCCAUCAGGGGCAGGGAAACUACUGUGAGUCCCAGAUAGCGUGGGGUUCAGGGUGGGGAGGUCAGAGGGAGUGAUGAUCCAAACCGUGCCUGCAGUCCGCCUCGGAGGGUUCUGUGUUGUAAGAUGGAAUUGGAGCCAAUGAGUUGAUCUGUCUCAUGAGUAACCUUGACAAUGCCCCAUACACACACGUGACACCGUCCCACCCCUGCUGUUCCAGCCCAACGUGGUUCCUCUGUUCUGCAGACGUUAAAGGGAAUUUCAGCGAUUACUUACGGCUGUCUUUUGUCUUUUUGAGAGUCAUCGUGAAAGUGCACAACAUUCUUUCCCCUGCUCCACCAGCUAGCCUUGCAUCAGUCCGAUCACUCUCAGCUACAUUUCACACUUUGAGAAACUUAAACGAUAGGAAAAUGAAUUAUAUUGCAUAACAAGAACUUCAUAAGUAGGGUAUUCCAGGGCUGGUUUGUUCAAGAAGUCAUCAAGGAUAUGGGUUUCCAUCUUUCUCCUCUGCCUGCCUCGGUGUCAGCUACUCCCUCAAGCUGCCAAGAUGGCUGCCACAGCUCCAGCAUCAGUCACUUGUUUUCACAUUUGUGUCCAAGGCAGGAAGGAAGUCUAUCCCUGUUUGUGUGCGUGUGUGUGUGUGUGUGUGUGUGUUUGCAUGUGCAUAAGAGUAAGAAACCUAGUUCUUGUCACAUUUCACUGGUCAGAAUUAUCGCAUGCCGACGUCUAAACCAACCCCUGGCAAGGGAGAUGGAAUUGUUGAGAAGGGUUCAGGCUCACCAGGAUCACCGUGUGAGCUGCGGAGGGCCCGUCCCCGGACAGGCAGGGUCUAAAAGGGUGAACAGCAAAACAAAAUCGAGCAGUUAUAGGAAAGUUCAGAAUAGAUUUAAAUAGGCCACCGGCAGCACUGUCUCUGAACCCCACAUCUGAUUUUGUUUCAUUUUCUUCCCUUAAAAAGCCAGAAUGUUGUGUUACUCGUGAGUUUUGAGUAUUGAGUUACCCCUGGGUGGGGGCGGGGCGGUGGCAGUUUGUUAAGAAGAAUGCCAUCUCGACUCCGCUCUCUCCUGGCUGCUUGAUCAUCUGCUCUGUUUUGUAGCUGGGACGUUCCCACCUUUGUUUGCUUCUUCGAGUGUGUCUGUCCUUCCAUUAUUUUUCCAGCUCGGUUGCCAGCACAAUGCAGAGCAGUCUGGGUAAAUGAAACAGAGACGACAGGUCUCUUAAUGAAAGCUUGCUUGCACACACUGCAUUUCUUGUGACCGCUCUGUACCCGAGAGCCUUUAGGUGUAGAUUUUUACGUAUGAGCGGGUGUCGUUCUCUCAAUUAAGGCUCCUGGAAAUGGAUUGGCUUUUUUAAACCAGGCAUUUCUCAUCCCUAACGCCUCUUUCCAAGUCUCCUCUGCCCACCUUCCUCUCCCCUCCCUCCGUCUUCUUCAUCUCACACAGCUAUUCCAGAAGCCACUCUAGCUAGGAGGCUCCUAGCUGGAGCCGCCUUCCACUUGGCAAUCUUAAACUAAAUGCGUUUUCCCGUCGUCGUGCCUCUUGUGCCCUCAAACCCCAGCACGCACCGCCAUCACAACAGGGAAUUCCAAAAAGGGGUUCUGGCAUCAGUCAUUCACGUGCUGGGGUGAGUCUUUGCAUGUGUUAGUCCCACUGGAGCAUUUACACCCCGACUCACCAUGUGACAUAAAAGGUUCAAUCUCUUCUUUAAGGAAUUUCAAAGACCGGCUACCUGCUCAUUGGGGUUACCUUCCUUGUUUCUUAAAAAUUACAGCAUGACUUUGCCCCUCUUGGUUUUCUGCUCCUCCAAAAAACAGGGCCUCUUCUGGCUCCAUUGCUUUGCUGCAGCCCUUUGGACGGCUUGGUAUCCUACUUCUCCUUCAGGAAGUCCUCUCUUGGGCGCCUGGGGGGCUCAGUCGGUUAAGCAUCUG